AUAGACACGCUGCUGAUGACGUGUGUCGUGUUGUAUAUGUUGGUGGAAGCGGAUUUGUGUUCUAAUUUGAACACGGUCACUGACGGGAGUAUCUUGUUUUUUGUCAGUUUUUUAUCACGUUCUAUGACAGUGUCUAUUUGUCAAUUUUCAUUUGCAGAUUGUUCCGUGAUUAAAUUGCACAUGAAAGUUUUUUGUGACUUGUGUGGUGCAACGGACUUUUUGCGCAGGCUUUAAUCGACCAGCUGUUUUAUAGUUUUGUUCUUGUCUGUCAUAAUUUUAAAAACAUUACUAAGUUCUUUAAUUUAGAAAUAGAGUUAAAUUACUCAUUUUGUUUAACAAUAAAGUUCCUUUUAUCUAUCACCAUCAAACAGAUACGUACGUUUUAUAUCCUUUCGGUUUUUUUUAAGUUUCACUUUUUAAAAUUGACAGCUUAUCUUUCCAAGGAGUUUUGUAGGAAUGGCGUCUCAUAAGUGAAGUUGAAAAAAGAAAAACGCUUUGAAGUGCAAAACCUCGAUAUUUUUUUUUGUUAAAAUAGACAUUAGUAGUUAGUGAAAAGACAUGGCAAACAAAGCAACGAGUAGUGCUCUUAGGGCGUUAGCAGUGGAGUAUAAAAGUUUACAGGAAGAACCAGUUGAAGGUUUUUGUGUAAAACUUGUUAAUGAAGAUAAUCUUUUCGAAUGGGAAGUAGCUAUUUUCGGUCCACCUGAUACCCUCUAUAUGGGAGGUUGCUUCAAGGCAAGAAUGAAAUUUCCCACAGAUUAUCCAUAUUCACCACCAUCAAUAAGAUUUUUAACAAAAGUCUGGCAUCCUAAUGUAUAUGAGAAUGGAGAUUUGUGUAUUAGUAUUCUUCACCCUCCUGUAGAUGAUCCACAAUCUGGUGAACUACCAUGUGAACGUUGGAAUCCAACACAAAAUGUUCGAACUAUUUUAUUGUCUGUAAUAUCACUUCUAAAUGAACCAAACACGUUUAGUCCUGCUAAUGUUGAUGCCUCAGUAAUGUACCGCCGCUGGAGGGAUUCAAAAGGAAAAGAUAAAGAAUAUGAAAAUAUCAUAAGGAAACAAGCAAUGGCUGCUAGAGCUGAAGCAGAACGAGAUGGUUUAAAAGUACCAUUAACCUUGGAAGAUUAUUGUAUUAAAACACAAGUGAAACCGAAUAAUUCUGAGCCUCAAGUUGAAAUGACUGAUUUUUAUGAUGAUGAUUAUGAUGAAGAGUACGAUGACCCAUCUGAUGGAUCUGAAUAUCCCGAGGAAGAUGAUAAUGACAGUGGAAACGGAGAAUUGUGAUGUCGCUAAGAAAAUUUAUUUCAUGAGAUAUGUUUGUUUUCGGUUUUUUCCUACUCUGUUUAUAAUUGCUGCUUCAAAUUUUAGUGUUUAUUUCGACAGACGUGGUUAAUCCUAACUAUUAUUUUCUAUCUUCUUAUAGAGGAAUGUUCCUAAAUCAAUAAUUUCUCUUUUACAUCGAAACAUAGUGAAACUCACUGCAUUAUUUAUUUGAGCUCUCAACAUUUUUUUUAAUAUAAAGAGCCUUAUUCAGAUAGGAUUAUACCUGUCUCUCUAUGAUCUCCUUCAAUAUACGAGUUUUAUAUAUCAUCACACCUACCAAAUUAUAGAUAUAAUUAAAUUCAAAAACUAAAAAAAUUGUCUGGAUAAUAAGAUCACAAUCUAUUGAAGAAAUUGAUGGAAGUAUUUCAUAAAAUUUCGUAAGUUAUGGUAGAGAAACAAUAUUUCUGAAUUUGCAUUGGAUUGUAAAUUAGACCUAGAAAAUAUCAGCAAAUUAAAUUGAUUGUAACAUAACAUUUCUGUUUAUUUAUAGAAUUUUUAUUUAAUAAAUUUUCAGUGGAAUAAUUAAA